AAGCCAACACACCAUUCUUCAAGAACUCAAAACCAGCUCUCAUCUCAUCUCCCUCACAAACCCAAAGUUGCAGUAAUGAGCUUCAGCUGGAGCUCCGCCGUGGUCGGAGCCGCCACCGCCGUGGCCACGCAAGCCCUCCUCGCCUCCGUCCCCAAAGACCCCAUCUUCCACCUGGUCUCCAUCAAGCUCACUUCCCUCAAACUCAACCUCCCCUUCUCAGACGCCGAAGUCAUCAUGACCAUCCACGUCACCAACCCCAACAACGUCCCCAUCUCCUACAACUCCACCAUCCUCUCCAUCUUCUACGAGGGCUCGCUCAUCGGCACGGCGGACGUCAAAGCCGGCUCCCAGUCGGCCAAGUCUUGCCAGCUUCUGCAGCUCCCGGCCACGCUCAAGAGCAAGGAGUUUGCGCACCACGCGAGCAAGUUUCUGGCUGACGUGGCGAGGAGAGAGAUGGUGAUGAACGCGACGGUGGAUAUUGAGGGAGUGGCGAAGGUUUUGGUGUACAAGCAUAGGUUUAGGUGUCAUGUGAAGAGCCGGGUGAUUGUGGAUCCGGUUAUGUUUGAUGUUAUUGAGCAAGAGAAUAAGGCUGAGAUGGAUUUGUUAGUUAUUGAUUGAAUUGGUUGAUUAAUUAGUUUGUAAUCAUCCUUUGAUGUGAUAUUUGUGGGUUGUUUUGAUUAAGACAAAAUAUUGCAAUUUUAAUGAAAGGGUUGAAAUUUAUGUUCUUUUGGUAUA